GCCUACUACUCACUACUAGUAGAGUAGUCCUUGUUUGUUCAAUGCGUCGUUGAUGUUUAUGGAAACUGAUUCACAAAGGAACUUAAUUGUUGGAGUUUCUAUGGUCUACGUUAUACUAUGUAUUUAAGUACGCAGAAACAGAAAUAGACGUGAUCUUUUAUUAAUUAUUGACAGUGCUCUGGAAUUACUUCAUCGUGAUAAUAUAAUCGUACAGAAAUAUGGAUCUUCCAGCUCAAAAUGAAGCAAGUAUGGCGUCUUCAACAAAUACAACGGAUAAUCCAGAGUACAUUGGUGUGGAUUGGGGAAGUGAGAAGUUAGUCCGAGCUCAGACAGCCAUACGAGACAACCGAUGGGACUUGGAGGCGUGGGGUGUACUCAUCCGUGAGGCCCAGACCAGAUAUAUCAACGAAGUCAGACCUUUCUUCGAAGAACUUGUUGCUAAUUUUCCUACAUGCGGACGAUACUGGAAAAUAUAUAUUGAACAGGAGAUGAGAGGUCGGAAUUUUGAAAAAGUUGAAAAGCUCUUCCAACGGUGUCUUAUGAAAGUACUCAACAUAGAACUGUGGAAACUAUAUCUAGGCUAUGUGAAGGAGACGAAGGCAGCGCUGACUACGUUCAAGGAGAAGAUGGCUCAAGCUUAUGACUUUGCCUUGGAUAAAAUCGGGAUGGACAUCCAGUCUUAUAGCAUUUGGAAUGAUUACGUUACGUUUCUCAAAGGAGUUGAAGCGAUUGGUUCUUACGCGGAAAAUCAGAAGAUUAGUGCUGUAAGAAAGGUGUACCAACGUGGAGUGGUGAAUCCCAUGGUUAGCAUAGAGACUUUCUGGAAGGACUACAUGGCGUUCGAGCAGGGUAUCAACCCUAUAAUUGCAGAGAAGAUGGGUAUUGAGCGCAGCAGGGAUUACAUGAACGCGAGGAGAGUAGCCAAGGAGUUUGAGACCAUUACGAGAGGUCUGAACAAAAACAUUCCCAGCACCCCACCCACUGGGACACUGGAGGAAAUCAAACAGGUGGAACUUUGGAAGAAAUAUAUUCUAUGGGAAAAGUCGAACCCCCUGCGCAGUGAAGACACAGCAUUGGUGACACGCCGCGUGAUGUUUGCGUUCGAGCAGUGUUUGCUGUGUGUCGGCCAUCAUCCUGACAUCUGGUACGAGGCAGCGCAGUUUCUCGACCAAAGCUCCAAGCUGCUCAUAGAGAAGGGGGAUGUUAACUCAGCAAAGCUGUUCAGCGAUGAAGCCGCCAAUAUGUUUGAGAGGGCGACUGGCUCAACACUGAAAAACUCGAUGCUUCUCUACUUCGCCUACGCUGACUUCGAGGAGGGUAGAGUGAAGUACGAGAAAGUACAUCAGAUAUAUCAGAAGUUCUUGGAAAUCGAAGACAUUGAUCCUACCUUGGCAUACAUACAAUAUAUGAAAUUUGCAAGAAGAGCUGAAGGGAUCAAGUCCGCAAGAAACGUGUUCAAAAGAGCGAGAGAAGACCCACGGUCUAAGUUUCAGAUAUUUGUAGCUGCUGCCCUGAUGGAAUAUUAUUGCAGCAAAGACAAGAACAUUGCCUUCAGAAUAUUUGAGCUCGGUCUAAAGAAGUUCUCCAACAGCCCACAGUAUAUCUUAUGUUACGUUGACUAUCUUUCACAUCUCAAUGAGGACAACAACACAAGAGUUUUAUUUGAACGGGUCCUUUCCUCAGGAAGUCUGGAACCAGAAAAAUCUGUGGAGAUAUGGAACAGGUUCUUGGAAUUUGAAUCAAACAUCGGAGAUCUGUCCAGUAUUGUAAAAGUGGAAAAACGGCGAAGUGCAGUACUUGAAAAAAUAGCUGAAUUUGAAGGGAAAGAAACGGCGCAGCUGGUUGAUCGUUACAAGUUUUUGGACCUUUACCCCUGCUCUCCGGCUGAACUAAGGUCUAUAGGGUACAAUGAAGUGACUGCACAGACGACUAAGGCAGCGUACCAUGCAAUGACUGGGUCCAUUCUCAAGGACGGUCUGGAUGACCACGAGUCCACCCAGCGCCAACUGCCUAGACCCGACCUGUCCCAGAUGAUCCCGUUCAAACCCAAGCGAGAGAGCUACGUUGGGGAACAUCCAGUCUCGGGUGGAUCGUUUCCUCUGCCUCCAGCUGCUGCUCACCUAUGUACACUGCUGCCACCCCCCACCUGUUUCACAGGCCCCUUCGUUAUGGUGGACAGCCUCAUCGACAUAUUCAACAAGAUACAUAUCCCUGAAACACCUCCAGCAUUGCUGGGAGAGAACGGCUGCGAUACCAAGCUGUUCGAUCUGGCGAAGUCGGUUCACUGGGUGGUGGACGUAGACAACGGCGGCAAAAAGAAGCGGAAGAUUGGAGGAGGGGAUGAGAGUGAUGAUGAUGAUGCUAGCGGGGCCCCUCCCAUCAACGAUAUCUACAGACAACGACAACAGAAGAGGGUCAAGUGAAGUGAAGGCAACGGUGCUGACUCUAACACUCAUAGAUCUCAAAGAACAUGUAAAAAUACACACUCUUAAGUGUGAGCAAAUUCGAUAAUACUUUUAUUGAGAAGAAGCGGUUUAAAAUUGUAUUUUUAUUGUUGGAAACAGAAAUAUUUUUCAUAGAGUUUUCUUUAUUAUUUUGUUGUAAACAGUUAAUUUCAAUUGUGAUUUAUUAGUAAUGGUUAUUAGAUUAUAUUACUUUUUAAUCUGCACUAAAUUGGGAUGAACCUAAUGAACAAGUGUGGUACAGUCUAUGUGUCCAUUUUGUUUUAUACUUAUAUAGUGUUAAACUUGUCAAAAACAAUUUUAUUUACUAUAUUUUUAUAUUUAAAAAUUAAUUAAAAUCUGUAAUCAUUUUUUAAAUAAUUUCAAUUCGUAUUGUUUAAAACAAUAAAAUUAGGCAUAACAAAUUUAUAAUGUAUCUCUUGUUCUGUAUACAAAUUAUUUCUCUGAUAACAAUUAUUGUGAACCAAUAAAAUUAAAUAAGAGUUUGAAAGCAUAAGGUUGGGUUAAGUAAACAUGUAGAGUGAACCUAAUAUAUUAUGAGUAAUGCAUAAUAGUAUAUUACUAAUUAUAAGUAGACUUAUGAAAUUUAAUUUAUGCAGUAUUGCUGUAAAAAUUGAGUAACAAUAAAUUAUGUUUUUAUA